AGAAAUGAGUGCUGGAGCAUUUUUAUUAUCGCCGUCAAACUUGCCAACUGCACUAAAUGGACGCGAACAGGCGAAAUGACCCUAGCUGAAACUCUGUCAAUACCUUCAUUUGACUAUUUUAUAUUUUCGCUCGAACUCUCAUUAAUGUCCACCAGUUACCUAUUCAAUUUUAAAAAGCUUACCAAAAUCGGUUCUUCAUAAAUUAUCUAUAUUCCCUUCGACAAACUCAUAUAACGAUAAAUCGUCUACAUACCAUGAUUUUUGUUUAUUACUUACACUUACGUAAAACACUAAACUAAUGGAUGAUGAUACUUAUUUACAUUUGUGGAAAAUAUCAGCGAAAAGUGGACAAUAAUCAUGAUGAUAACACUGUCUUGUCAUCGUUUAUGUAAGUAUUAUAUCACAUAUAUUUAACAGUCAACAAUAUAUGCCUACAGUGACGUGAAGGAGUAUCAGUAUGAUAGGCGAGUUGUCGCGAGAUAGGUCAGUCUGGUGCCGGAGGCCACCGAGAACCGGCGUGCACACUGGUCGGCACGUUUGCGCCAACACGAUUUGCGCGCAUUACUCGACACAACAUACUCGCGACACCCGCGGCCUUCGAAUUCACGAUGAAGCCGAGUGCACUAAUUGUUACAUUAUUAUCAUUACUGGUGUUAACAGACUAUGCCUGCAGUCUAAAUAUCCUCGGAAUAUUUCCGUACCAUGGCAAAAGCCAUUUUAUUGUGUUCCGUGUUUUUUUACGUGAACUUGCCAAACGAGGUCAUAAUGUGACUGUUAUUUCUCAUUUCCCAGAACAGGAUCCACCUGAAAAUUAUCAUGAUAUUAGUUUAGCUGGAAGUAUAAAAGCCAUAGAGGGCGAGACACCAUUUGAGAGCUCAUACUUCACUCUAUUUCUUGUCAGUCUAUACCUUGCAACCACCGGUGUAGAUAAUUGCAAAGUAUUGCUAGCCGACGACAAAGUGCAAAGAUUAAUUAAGGAAAAACCAAAGUUCGACGUAAUUGUUGUGGAGCAGUUCAAUAGCGAUUGCGCUUUGGGUAUAGCCUAUAAGUUCCAAGCUCCUGUUGUGGGCAUAAUGUCGCACAUACUGAUGCCUUACCAUUAUGAAAGAUUAGGUGUCCCUUACAAUCCAGCGUAUGUCCCUUUCCAUUUCCUAGAAGGAGGAACUAAACCCUCAUUGUAUCAUAGAGUGGAGAGAACAAUAUUUGACUUCUACUUUAGAAUGCUUAAUCGUUAUUACACUCAAAGGAGUAACCAGAACACGCUUGCUCAAUACUUUGAUGAUAUACCUCCUCUAGAAGAACUAGGAAGGGAAAUAAAGUUUCUUCUUCUGUAUCAUAACUUCAUUCUUACUGGAUCAAGACUGUUUCCUUCCAAUGUAAUUGAAGUCGGAGGUUUCCAUGUUGUCGAUGCAAAACCAUUGACAGGUGAUCUUAAAAAGUUUGUAGAAGAGGCCGAACAUGGAGUCAUCUAUAUUAGUUUCGGGUCCAUCGUCAAAGCUUCUACAAUGCCAGCAGAAAAAGUACAAGAAGUUUUAAAUGUUAUGAAACAACUGCCUCAAAGAUUCGUCUGGAAAUGGGAAGACAAAACUUUGAUGGUAGAUAAAGAUAAACUUUACACGAACAGCUGGCUACCUCAAGUGGAUAUACUAGCUCAUCCAAAGACGUUAGCGUUUUUGUCUCAUGCUGGGAACGGUGGUACAACAGAAGCCAUUCACUAUGGGGUUCCAAUGGUAGCCAUGCCGGUGGGUGGAGACCAGCCCGCUAAUGCAGCAGCUAUCGAAGAAAGUGGCCUCGGAGUGCAGUUACAAAUCCGAGACUUGAAUCAGGAGAACUUACUGAAUGCUUUCAAAAAAGUAUUAGAUCCCAAAUUCCGCCAGAGAGUGAAGGAAGUAUCAAAGGCAUGGCAUGAUCGGCCACUAUCGCCCCUCGACACCGCAGUCUACUGGACUGAAUUUGCUGCCAAAUAUCCCAAUUUCAACUUCAGAACGGCAGCAGCUGAUGUACCAUUCUACCAGUAUAUAAACCUAGAUGUAGCCGCUGUUUUCAUCACAAUAAUUAGUCUAAUAUUGAUUGCAAUUCGAACAGCACUCAAAGUUUGCUGUGGACGGAAAGAAAGUAUAGGAAAAAAUACUAAAAGUAACGAAGUUGAAAAGAAAAAGCCAAAGCGCCAAGCAAGUGCUAUGUACCAAUGCAACUUUUCUAAGUUUGCGAGUUGUAGCGAAACAAGUCAGUCUGGUGCCGGAGGCCACCGAGAACCGGCGCGCACACUGUCCGGCACGUUUGCGCCAACACGAUUUGCGCGCAUUAGAUACUCGACACAACAUUCUCGCGACACCAAAUUCAAGAUGAAACCGAGUGCACUAAUUGUUAUAUUAUUGUCAUUUCUUGUGUUAACAGACUAUGCCUGCAGUCUAAAUAUCCUCGGAAUAUUUCCAUACCAUGGCAAAAGCCAUUUUAUUGUGUUCCGUGUUUUUUUACGUGAACUCGCCAAACGAGGUCAUAAUGUGACUGUUAUUUCUCAUUUCCCAGAACAGGAUCCACCUACAAAUUAUCAUGAUAUUAGUUUAGCUGGAAGUAUAAAAGCCAUAGAGGGCGAAGAACCAUUUGAGAACUCAUACUUCACACUAUUUCUUAUGAGUCAAUUCCUUGCAGACACCGGUGUGGAGAACUGCAAAAUAUUGCUAGCCGACGACAAAGUGCAAAGAUUAAUUAAGGAAAAACCAAAGUUCGACGUAAUUGUUGUGGAACAGUUCAAUAGCGAUUGCGCUUUGGGUAUUGCCUGUAAGUUCCAAGCUCCUGUUGUGGGCAUAAUGUCGCAUAUACUGAUGCCUUACCAUUAUGAAAGAUUAGGAGUCCCUUACAAUCCAGCGUAUGUCCCUUUCCAUUUCUUAGAAGGAGGAACUAAACCCUCAUUGUAUCAUAGAGUGGAGAGAACAAUAUUUGACUUCUACUUUAGAAUGCUUAAUCGUUAUUACACACAAAGGAGUAACCAGAACACGCUUGCUCAAUACUUUGAUGAUAUACCUCCUCUAGAAGAGCUAGGAAGAGAAAUAAAGUUUCUUCUUCUGUAUCAUAACUUCAUUCUUACUGGAUCCAGACUGUUUCCUUCCAAUGUAAUUGAAGUCGGAGGUUUCCAUGUUGUCGAUGCAAAACCAUUGACAGGUGAUCUUAAAAAGUUUGUAGAAGAGGCCGAACAUGGAGUCAUCUAUAUUAGUUUCGGGUCCAUCGUCAAAGCUUCAACAAUGCCAGCAGAAAAAGUACAAGAAGUUUUAAAUGUCAUGAAACGACUACCUCAAAGAUUCGUCUGGAAAUGGGAAGAUAAAACUUUGAUGGUAGAUAAAGAUAAACUUUACACGAACAGUUGGCUACCCCAAGUGGAUAUACUAGCUCAUCCAAAGACAUUAGCGUUUUUGUCUCAUGCUGGGAACGGUGGUACAACAGAAGCCAUUCACUAUGGAGUUCCAAUGGUAGCCAUGCCGGUGGGCGGAGACCAGCCCGCUAAUGCAGCAGCUAUCGAAGAAAGCGGCCUCGGAGUUCAGUUACAAAUCCGAGACUUGAAUCAGGAGAACUUACUGAAUGCUUUCAAAAAAGUAUUAGAUCCCAAGUUCCGUCAGAGAGUAAAGGAAGUAUCAAAGGCAUGGCAUGAUCGGCCACUACCGCCUCUCGACACCGCAGUCUACUGGACUGAAUUUGCUGCCAAAUAUCCCAAUUUCAACUUCAGAACGGCAGCAGCUGAUGUACCAUUCUACCAGUAUAUAAACCUAGAUGUAGCCGCUGUUUUCAUCACAAUAAUUAGUCUAAUAUUGAUUGCAAUUCGAACAGCACUCAAAGUUUGCUGUGGACGGAAAGAAAUUAAAGGAAAAAAUACUAAAAGUAAUAAAGUUGAAAAGAAAAAGGCAAAGCGUGCGUAACAAUACCGGUCACUUAGAAAACUCUGUCGGAUCUAAUUCAAAUACCCAAAAACACGUCGCUACAUUGCAUUGUAUAAACUUCCGAAAAACAAUACUAUAUAUCAUCCACGAGUCGGCCGUCAGCUUGACUGGUCUCUAAUUUACCUAGUUAUUAAAACCGUAAAUAAAAUUAUUUAAAAAAAAUACUUACAUUAUUUCUAUCCUAUGUAAGGAAUUGUUUGUCCUGUAUGGAAAUUGCAUGGUGUAGUUAAAAUGGACUGUAUGUUAGGACCAGAAGUUGUCAUUGAAAUAAAAAAACACGUGUCGAAAAGAUUUUCAUCUUA